AUGAAAACUCGAGAAAUGAUUGACGGUAAAGAAUAUUAUUCAGAAGAACAAAUCACAAAGAUAAUAAAUGAAGUCCUUGAAAAUGAAACAUGUUUAUCAUCAAAAAUGGUAUCUACAUCUGGUUAUGGUAAUUUAUAUUUACAAAAUCAUUCACAAAUAAAUGAACAAGAUUUUGUUCCAUGGAACAUUGUUUCAUUGAUUGAAUUGAAAACACAACGUGAGUCUAAAUCAAAUAGUUAUAUUAUCACGGAAGCAGACAAACAACAACUAUUUUUAUAUUGUUUCAAAACUCUGCGUUUCUCACCAAAUCGCAAAUUCAUAUGUGCUGCAUUGACAAAUUUUAAAGAAUUGCAUUUUUUGAAAGUAUCAGUUGGUGAUGACAACAAAUUUGAAUUUGAGGCAGCACAAAUUGGUCAGGUGAUGCUAUUAAACCAUAUAUUAAAAUUCAUAUCAUGUGAGAGUAAAUUUUUGGGAUUUGUCGGUUAUAAGUUACCAGCUGGUUUGGAUAUCAAAGAACCAUUGGACAGUGGUUCAUCUUCGUAUGUUCUCAAAUGUACAUAUAAUAAAGAUGUUUACGCAAGUAAAAUAUCUAGCAAUAAAUUAGAUGAAGAGUAUAAUAUAAUUAAACAAUUGAACAGCAUUUCGAUCAGUUCAGCGAUAAAUCGAUUAAAUGCCUACUAUCCUGAGACUGGAAAUAAUGACUAUGAUGUUCUCCUGGUAAAACCAGUUGGUCGACAACUUUAUACUAUUGAUGAUGUGCUACGACAUGUACAUUCAAUAUCUGCACAAUUGAACUUGUUACAUUCUAUUAACUAUGUUCAUCGAGAUAUUAGAACGCCAAAUAUGAUACUUACAGAAGAUUUGAAUGAUAUGCUGUUGAUUGAUUACUCAAGUUGUGCAAUAAUUGGCAAAAUGUCUUCAUAUCAUGGUAGUUUAUCAACAUGUGCAUUGCCAAUAUUAAAACAAUUAUUAGCUACAGAAGCUGAACGAAAUGCAAUUAUCGACUUACUUCAGACAUACUUCUUCUAA